GGGAAGCGAGGGCGAGGGGUAGGGGCUGGGGAAGGGCGAGCGGGAGGCGCGGGCUCUCUCUAGCAGGGGGCUGCAGCCAUGAAGAGGCUCUUAGCUGCCGCUGGCAAGGGCGUGCGGGGCCCGGAGCCCCCGAACCCCUUCAGCGAACGGGUCUACACUGAGAAGGACUACGGGACCAUCUGCUUCGGGGAUCUAGGGAAGAUCCAUACAGCUGCCUCCCGGGGCCAAGUCCGGAAGCUGGAGAAGAUGACAGUAGGGAAGAAGCCCGUCAACCUGAACAAAAGAGAUAUGAAGAAGAGGACUGCUCUACACUGGGCCUGUGUCAAUGGCCAUGCAGAAGUAGUAACAUUUCUGGUAGACAGAAAGUGCCAGCUUAAUGUCCUUGAUGGCGAAGGGAGGACACCUCUGAUGAAGGCUCUACAAUGCGAGAGGGAGGCUUGUGCAAAUAUUCUCAUAGAUGCUGGUGCUGAUCUAAAUUAUGUAGAUGUGUAUGGCAACACGGCUCUCCAUUAUGCCGUUUAUAGUGAGAAUUUGUUAAUGGUGGCAACACUGCUGUCCUAUGGUGCAGUCAUCGAGGUGCAAAACAAGGCUAGCCUCACACCUCUUUUACUGGCCAUACAGAAAAGAAGCAAGCAAACUGUGGAAUUUUUACUAACAAAAAAUGCAAAUGCAAACGCAUUUAAUGAGUCUAAAUGCACAGCCCUCAUGCUUGCCAUAUGUGAAGGCUCAUCAGAGAUAGUCGGCAUGCUUCUUCAGCAAAAUGUUGACGUCUUUGCUGAAGACAUACAUGGAAUAACUGCACAACGUUAUGCUGCUGCUUGUGGAGUUAAUUACAUUCAUCAACAACUUUUGGAACAUAUACGAAAAUUACCUAAAAAUCCUCAAAAUACCAGUCCAGAAGGAACAUCUACAGGAACACCUGAUGAGGCUGCACCCUUGGCAGGAAGAACACCUGACACAGCUGAAAGCUUGGUGGUGAAAACACCUGAUGAGGCUGCACCCUUGGUGGAAAGAACACCUGACACGGCUGAAAGCUUGGUGGAAAAAACACCUGACGAGGCUGCACCCUUGGCGGAAAGAACACCUGACACGGCUGAAAGCUUGGUGGAAAAAACACCUGACGAGGCUGCACCCUUGGCGGAAAGAACACCUGACACGGCUGAAAGCUUGGUGGAAAAAACACCUGACGAGGCUGCACCCUUGGCGGAAAGAACACCUGACACGGCUGAAAGCUUGGUGGAAAAAACACCUGACGAGGCUGCACCCUUGGCGGAAAGAACACCUGACACGGCUGAAAGCUUGGUGGAAAAAACACCUGACGAGGCUGCACCCUUGGCGGAAGGAACACCUGACACGGCUGAAAGCUUGGUGGAAAAAACACCUGACGAGGCUGCACCCUUGGCGGAAGGAACACCUGACACGGCUGAAAGCUUGGUGGAAAAAACACCUGACGAGGCUGCACCCUUGGCGGAAAGAACACCUGACAUGGCUGAAAGCUUGGUGGAAAAAACACCUGAUGAGGCUGCACGCUUGGUGGAGGGAACAUCUGCCAAAAUUCAAUGUCUGGGGAAAGCAACAUCUGGAAAGUUUGAACAGUCAACAGAAGAAACACCUAGGAGAAUUUUGAGGCCUACAAAAGAAACAUCUGAGAAAUUUUCAUGGCCAGCAAAAGAAAGACCUAGGAAGAUCACAUGGGAGGAAAAAGAAACAUCUGUAAAGACUGAAUGCGUGGCAGGAGUAACACCUAAUAAAACUGAAGUUUUGGAAAAAGGAACAUCUAAUAUGAUUGCAUGUCCUACAAAAGAAACAUCUACAAAAGCAAGUACAAAUGUGGAUGUGAGUUCUGUAGAGCCUAUAUUCAGUCUUUUUGGCACACGGACUAUUAAAAAUUCACAGUAUACAAAAGUUGAGGAAGACUUUAAUCUUGCUACCAAGAUUAUCUCUAAGAGUGCUGCACAGAAUUAUAUGUGUUUACCUGAUGCUACAUAUCAAAAAGAUAUCAAAACAAUAAAUCACAAAAUAGAAGAUCAGAUGUUCCCAUCAGAAUCCAAACGAGAGGAAGAUGAAGAAUAUUCUUGGGAUUCUGGGAGUCUCUUUGAGAGUUCUGCAAAGACUCAAGUGUGUAUACCUGAGUCUAUAUAUCAGAAAGUAAUGGAGAUAAAUAGAGAAGUAGAAGAGCUUCCUGAGAAGCCAUCUGCCUUCAAGCCUGCCGUUGAAAUGCAAAAGACUGUUCCAAAUAAAGCCUUUGAAUUGAAGAAUGAACAAACAUUGAGAGCAGCUCAGAUGUUCCCAUCAGAAUCCAAACAAAAGGACGAUGAAGAAAAUUCUUGGGAUUCUGAGAGUCCCUGUGAGACUGUUUCACGGAAGGAUGUGUAUUUACCCAAAGCUACACAUCAAAAAGAAUUCGAUACCUUAAAUGGAAAAUUAGAAGAGUCUCCUGUUAAAGAUGGUCUUCUGAAGCCUACCUGUGGAAGGAAAGUUUCUCUUCCAAAUAAAGCCUUAGAAUUAAAGGACAGAGAAACACUCAAAGCAGAGUCUCCUGAUAAAGAUGGUCUUCUGAAGCCUACCUGUGGAAGGAAAGUUUCUCUUCCAAAUAAAGCUUUAGAAUUGAAGGACAGAGAAACAUUCAAAGCAGCUCAGAUGUUCCCAUCAGAAUCCAAACAAAAGGACGAUGAAGAACAUUCUUGGGAUUUUGAGAGUUUCCUUGAGACUCUCUUACAGAAUGAUGUGUGUUUACCCAAGGCUACACAUCAAAAAGAAUUCGAUACCUUAAGUGGAAAAUUAGAAGAGUCUCCUGAUAAAGAUGGUCUUCUGAAGCCUACCUGUGGAAGGAAAGUUUCUCUUCCAAAUAAAGCCUUAGAAUUAAAGGACAGAGAAACACUCAAAGCAGAAUCUCCUGAUAAAGAUGGUCUUCUGAAGCCUACCUGUGGAAGGAAAGUUUCUCUUCCAAAUAAAGCCUUAGAAUUAAAGGACGGAGAAACAUUCAAAGCAGCUCAGAUGUUCCCAUCAGAAUCCAAACAAAAGGACGAUGAAGAACAUUCUUGGGAUUUUGAGAGUUUCCUUGAGACUCUCUUACAGAAUGAUGUGUGUUUACCCAAGGCUACACAUCAAAAAGAAUUCGAUACCUUAAGUGGAAAAUUAGAAGAGUCUCCUGAUAAAGAUGGUCUUCUGAAGCCUACCUGUGGAAUGAAAAUUUCUCUUCCAAAUAAAGCCUUAGAAUUGAAGGACAGAGAAACAUUCAAAGCAGUGGAUGUGAGUUCUGUAGAGUCCACAUUCAGUCUUUUUGGCAAACUGACUACUGAAAAUUCACAGUCUACAAAAGUUGAGGAAGACUUUAAUCUUACUACCAAGGAGGGAACAACAAAGACAGUAACUGGACAACAGGAACGUGAUAUUGGCAUUAUUGAACGAGCUCCACAAGAUCAAACAAAUAAGAUGCCCACAUCAGAAUUAGGAAGAAAAGAAGAUCCAAAAUCAACUUCAGAUUCUGAGAUUAUCUCUGUGAGUGAUACACAGAAUUAUGAGUGUUUACCUGAGGCUACAUAUCAAAAAGAAAUAAAGACAACAAAUGGCAAAAUAGAAGAGUCUCCUGAAAAGCCUUCUCACUUUGAGCCUGCCACUGAAAUGCAAAACUCUGUUCCAAAUAAAGGCUUAGAAUGGAAGAAUAAACAAACAUUGAGAGCAGAUUCAACUACCCUAUCAAAAAUCUUGGAUGCAGUUCCUUCUUGUGAAAGAGGAAGGGAACUUAAAAAAGAUAACUGUGAACAAAUUACAGCAAAAAUGGAACAAACGAAAAAUAAGUUUUGUGUACUACAAAAGGAACUGUCAGAAGUGAAAGAAAUAAAAUCACAGUUAGAGAACCAAAAAGCUAAAUGGGAACAAGAGCUCUGCAGUGUGAGAUUGACUUUAAAUCAAGAAGAAGAGAAGAGAAGAAAUGUCGAUAUAUUAAAAGAAAAAAUUAGACCCGAAGAGCAACUUAGGAAAAAGUUAGAAGUGAAACAACAACUUGAACAGACUCUCAGAAUACAAGAUAUAGAAUUGAAAAGUGUAACAAGUAAUUUGAAUCAGGUUUCUCACACUCAUGAAAGUGAAAAUGAUCUCUUUCAUGAAAAUUGCAUGUUGAAAAAGGAAAUUGCCUUGCUAAAACUGGAAGUAGCCACACUGAAACAUCAACACCAGGUGAAGGAAAAUAAAUACUUUGAGGACAUUAAGAUUUUACAAGAAAAGAAUGCUGAACUUCAAAUGACCCUAAAACUGAAACAGAAAACAUUAACAAAAAGGGCAUCUCAGUAUAGAGAGCAGCUUAAAGUUCUGACAGCAGAGAACACGAUGCUGACUUCUAAAUUGAAGGAAAAACAAGACAAAGAAAUACUGGAGACAGAAAUUGAAUCACACCAUCCUAGACUGGCUUCUGCUUUACAAGACCAUGAUCAAAGUGUCACAUCAAGAAAAAACCAAGAACUUGCUUUCCACAGUGCAGGAGAUGCUCCUUUGCAAGGAAUAAUGAAUGUUGAUGUGAGUAAUACAAUAUAUAACAAUGAGGUGCUCCAUCAACCACUUUAUGAAGCUCAAAGGAAAUCCAAAAGCCCAAAAAUUAAUCUCAAUUAUGCAGGAGAUGAUCUAAGAGAAAAUGCAUUGGUGUCAGAACAUGCACAAAGAGACCGAUGUGAAACACAGUGUCAAAUGAAGAAAGCUGAACACAUGUAUCAAAAUGAACAAGAUAAUGUGGACAAACACACUGAACAGCAGGAGUCUCUGGAGCAGAAAUUAUUUCAACUAGAAAGCAAAAAUAGGUGGCUUCGACAGCAAUUAGUUUAUGCACAUAAGAAAGUUAACAAAAGCAAGGUAACAAUUAAUAUUCAGUUUCCUGAGACGAAAAUGCAACACCAUCUAAAAGAGAAAAAUGAGGAGAUAUUCAAUUAUGGUAACCAUUUAAAAGAACGUAUAGAUCAAUAUGAAAAAGAGAAAGCAGAAAGAGAAGUCAUUGUGAGACAACUUCAAAAAAAAUUGGCUGAUCUUAAUAAACAGUGUGAGGCUUCACUAAAGGUUACAUCACAUUCUCACUCUCUGAGGCAUCAAUAG